GACUUAUCUAGAGGUAAUAAACCAGUCCAGUAGGAUCAUUCAUCCCCAUCACGCUCCUUUAGUUAUAUCGACUCCCUAAUACUCGCUAUUUGCCGUCACCACACUCGUUCAUCAGCCCCCCUAAUCUUCAGCGAAAUGCUCUAUUUACGCUUUCUCGGAUCAGCCCUUGCCUUAGCCGGCGUCAUCAAGGCCCAAGUUGAUCUCGGGACCGCCUUGUCUUUUGCAGUCCUUGGUGGAUCCGCCGUAACCAACACUGGUCCCUCGAUAAUCAGUGGCAACGUCGGCGUCUCUCCUGGUUCAGCCAUAUCGGGCUUUCCUCCUGGCGUGGUCGUCAACGGAAUGAUCCAUAUGACAGAUGCACUUGCGGCGCAGGCACAGGCAGAUGUGACGACUGCUUACAAUGUAGCGGCUGGUUUACAGCCUAACACCGACCUGACUGGCCAGGACCUGGGCGGUAUGACGCUCGUUGCAGGUGUCUAUUCCUUCUCUUCUAGUGCGCAGCUUACCGGUCCUCUCGUACUUGACGGCCAAGGCGACUCGAGUAGUGUCUGGGUUUUCCAGAUAAAUUCGACGCUGACCACGGCAACCGCUUCUUCUGUGAUUCUUAUCGGCGGUGCCUCGCCCUGCAACGUCUUCUGGCAGGUGGGCAGCUCAGCUACCAUUGGUACCACCACUACUUUUGUUGGCAACGUGCUGGCGCUCAUGUCUAUCACUUUGGUCACUGGUGCAAGCUCCAAUGGAGGGCUAUACGCCAGGAAUGGCGCUGUAACUUUAGAUACCAAUAAUGUCAACGCCGGGCUUGCCUGUCCGGCUGUGCCACCGACGACGACGACGACAACGAUAACCACUACAACUACAACAACAGCCACAGAUACUACCACUACUACCACUACUACAACAUCCACAGAUACUACUACAACCACAGAUACUACUACAACCACAGAUACUACUACAACCACAGAUACUAGUACAACCACAGAUACUACUACAACCACAGAUACUACCACAGACACUACAACAACCACUGCAAAUACUGUAACAGCGACAUAUACUACUACUGCUAUUACUACAAUUCAAACGGGUUCAAGAAGUGCAAGAAUGCAUACUACUAUGAAAGGGAUAAACACAGCAAUAGUCAAGACAGCAAAGUUCAAUACAACCGUCACAACAACAAGGGGCAAGCCAACCAAGAUUACGGCUACCAUAUCAAAAAUGGUCACCACUAUUCCAACUAGUAUCCCCGUCAUAACAUUUACUGCAACAUGCUCUAUAGCCCCGACGACCAUAACGUCCUACGGCCAAAGCUUCUUUAUCGAAACUCCCUGCACUACAGUCUUAAGAGCCACAGUAAGCGCCGCUUUUAAGAAGCCAGCGCCUUGCAAGGACUGUGGUACUCUCAAUGCUGACGACGAUGUGCAUUCGAAGUUUUCCAGCAAGCUGUGUCCGACCUAUUCUCGCGAGGCUAUCCAAGUAUCGCAGGUGGACGGACCAGCGUCAGAAAGCACGGCCUACUUGCAGCGGAACAAGCCUCUUGUGUCCACGCCAGCAGUAUCCAAAAGCUCGGCAAUUGUGACUGCUGGUGUCAGUAUGAAUUGGCCGAAUCUCACUGUCGUUGCAGCUGCCUUAUUAUUUCUUAUUGCGAUUAACUUGCUCUGAGAGAUGUAAAACUUGGAGGAGGUUAUGGCCCAAUAUCUGAUGAUUGUAAUAAAUGUAGGCUUACCCAUAGGCCUAUUGUUGCAACUAUAUGAGCUGGGUAGUGAUAUAGGAAUAUAAACUAAACCUAGUUAUUAUAACAAACUGGGUUCCUGAAGCAAUUUUUAGAUUAGUUAUUCCUAAUGUAUAAACUAGUAGUAUAAUUUAUAUUAGCAGAUUGGUUAGGUUAGAUGAGCUUGAGUUAUUAACAAACGGUCUGGUUCUACCUUUUAUACUUAUUUAUAGCUUACGGGACUAGGUAUAAGAAACCUACUACAACUCUAUACAAGCACAUACGACCAUAUCCAUUGGAAAAUACGGGGUCCCGUCUGCUCCCCCAGAGUCAAGCCAAUGAGAGGCAGAUUAGUAGUUGAGUGGGUGACCAUCAGCGAACACCGGCUGUUGUAUGUUUUUUUUU